AUGAACGGACCUCGAGUUUCUCCCAAGAUCAACAAUGCUGUUAGCAUCGAGAGUCAUGAUAUCGUGGUGAUGGACGGUGUGGUGCAUAAGAUUGACACCGUAUUGCUACCGCCACUCUUAUCUAAUGGAGAAGAGUCUACCUCCGAACAAUCAUGGAUGAGCACUAUGGCACAAUGGCUUCUAGGCCCGUCUGGAGUACCCGUGGGAGAGCUAAAGAAAAGACUAGAGAGACUUGUUUAUCGAACUCCUGGUGUCACUCGCGAUGAACGACAGCGGCGGAACAGACUCAGCAACAAGCUAUAUCAUGACGGCGGCAAGAUUGGAGAGGGUCAGGAUGAAGACGACAUCCUUUCUAUCACUACAUUUUCGAUCUCUACCAAGUGUUGGCUAGCAAUCCACCAGAACGUCACCAUGGCUGCCGAGGAAGUCCCAUUGCAGAACAGCGAGCUAUUCGAUGUCAGUGACUGCGUUGCAGUUGUUACCGGCGGUGGAACCGGGAUGGGCCUGAUGAUGGCAAAGGCACUCGAGGCCAACGGAGCAAAGGUCUACAUCCUGGGUCGACGGCUGGCAGUCCUCGAGGCUGCCGCGAAGCAAGCGACAUACGGAAACAUUUACCCCCUACAAUGUGAUAUCACCUCCAAGGAUGACCUCGAGAUAGUAGUUGAACGCAUUGCCAGCGAGGACGGCUUCGUCAACCUGCGGACGCGACCAAAUGCCAAAUGGAGCAUCACAGACUUGCGGAACUACUGGUUCAGCAAGCCGUCGUUCGAGGACUACGCCAGAGUCCUUGAAGCCAACACCACCGCGCCCCUGAUGGUGACCUUUGCAUUCCUCGAGCUGCUGGACCGGGGCAACCGUGUGCGCGCAGAGCAGGCAAAGGCAAACGGCGGCCGAUCAGACUACGUGCGCAGCCAGGUCAUCAUGGUCAGCAGCGUUGGCGGCUUUGGUCGCGAUAACUCGGCCUUCAUCUACGGCGCCAGCAAGGCCGGGACAACGCAAAUGACCAAGAAUCUGUCGACAUAUCUCACGCCAUGGAAGAUCCGAGCGAAUGUACUGGCACCAGGAUAUUUCCACACGGAGAUGACCCAAGAUUUCUACAAGAGUACGGGAGGUCGAUUGCCGGCUACCAUGACCCCUGAAGAGCGCUUUGGAGACAUGCAGGAGAUCAGUGGGACCCUCUUGUACAUGGCCUCUAAGGCUGGCGCUUACUGUAACGGCUCAGUGAUGCUGUCCGAUGGAGGCUACCUCGCUAUUCAUCCCAGCGCUUAUUGA